CCAUACUUCUCUGUGAUACUGUUCUGAGUCGCAGUUGCUGAUAGCUUGUGAAGUUACCCUUGUCUAGGUUACGAAAACCGGAUUGCAUCCACUGCUUCUUGCCAGUUUCAUAUCAAUAAUCAGUCAUUUUUUUUUCGAGAUGGACACCCCUCGUACCGAAUCCCCGUCGUUCCCGGCGUCGCGCCCGGCCAAUGAACUCGACGACCAUCGAUUCCAGCCACACUCGCUCCCCCGUAACAACACCGCGACCUCUCACCUUCGCCCCGCAUUCGUGGUCGACGGUGCGCGCCCGCGCUCCCGAGACAACGAGUAUGCCGUGUACGACGAUCCCGACAUGCUGACCCCGGGGUUUCACGGUAUCGACCACGCCAUCGGUAUCGAGCGCAGAGGAUCGACUGCACGUAGUGCCCGAUCCAUUCGGUUUCCUUCCAGGGUUUCUUCGCGCUCUCCCUCACCUCCCAAUUCGGUCGAUGCGUUCGCGGAUCCAGACCAUCGAAGGAUGAGAGACCGUGCUGGAACUGUGACCAGUAUGGCGCCUAGCGAUCUUCGGUUGUGCUUGCAGCGCACCAACUCCCGUCGCCCGACUUUUGUCGAGCACAACGAGCACGACUCCGAUGCGGAUGUCACCGCGCCGAAGCCUGAAGAGGAUGUGUGCUUUCCUCCGGAGGAGAAUACUCGCGGUGCUGCCACCAUUGACUUUGAGGAUAUGGAUGAUUUUGUUGCUAUGCAGAACCGUGGACGACCUAGUCAGCGCCAGAGGAAGAUGAGCACCGCCGGAUCAUUCAAGGACCGUUACUAUCCUGGGCAGCAGAACACUAAAGCUCAAGAGCGCGCUGGGGACGAUUCGGGUUCCGUCAUCAACGAGAAGGUUGGAACCACUCAAGAACCACGGCGGCUCUUACGAGUUAGCCAGCCCGACAGGUUCAGCUUCUUCUCGUCGGAGAUGGACGCUACCAUCCAUGCACCCGAGAUCGGCGAGCUUUUGCUGGACGGCGAGAGCUUCCAGGACCUGUUCCGCGAGGGUAGUGUAUGGUGGUUGGACUCCCUCAACCCGACCAUGGAGGAGCUUGGCAUGCUCAUGAAGGCCUUCGGCAUUCACCCUCUGACUGCUGAGGAUAUCCGCGUUCAAGAGACCCGCGAGAAGGUGGAGCUAUUCAAGAACUACUACUUCGUCUGUUUCCGCUCGUUUGUCCAGAACAAGGAUUCGGAGGACUAUAUGGAGCCCAUCAACAUUUACCUCAUCGUCUUCCGUGAAGGGGUACUCUCGUUCCACUUCGAGCAGUCGAACCACACCGCCAACGUUAGGAGGCGCAUCAGGCAGCUGCGUGACUAUGUCGCGCUCAGCGCUGACUGGAUCUGUUACGCCCUGAUCGACGACAUUGUCGAUUCGUUCGCUCCUUUGAUCACGGAUAUCGAGAAGGAUUCGGAUUCGAUAGAGGACGCGGUCUUUACUGCCAGAGACGACGAUUAUACCACGCUUCUCAAGCGGAUCGGUGACUGCAGGAAGAGAACCAUGGCGGGGAUGAGACUGCUGGGUGGAAAGGCCGACGUCAUCAAAGGCUUUGCCAAGCGAUGCAACGAGCAGUACCAGAUCACGCCUAGGGGCGAGAUUGGCUUGUACCUCGGUGACAUCCAAGACCACAUCCUCACCAUGAUGGGCAAUCUGUCCCAUUUCGAGAAGAUGCUGUCGCGCUCGCACGCCAACUACCUCGCACAGCUGUCGGUGGACUCGAUCCAGGCCAACAACCGUGCCAACGAGGUCUUGGGAAAGAUCACGACCAUUGCCACAAUCCUCGUUCCGCUCAACCUCGUCUGUGGUCUCUUUGGAAUGAACGUUCCCGUGCCCGGAAUGGAGAGCGGCAGUCUUGCGUGGUUCUUUGGAAUUCUCGGCUCCAUCUUCUUGUUCAGCUUCGUCAGCUUCCUCUUUGCUAAGAAGUGGAAGUUUAUCUAAGCGAAACAUGAUAUACUAUACUGGUUGGGGCAUGAAUGAUCACGCAUGGAUGCAUGAUUUGGAGGUGUUUGUUGCUUUUUGGAGGUGGGGAUUGUGCAUGCUGGAGGGACAGAUUCUCGAUGGGGAUUGUUUGUAGCUUGGUAAAAAACUUGAAGCGAAAUCUGCUUAACGUGAGGGGAAUGGGGAUUAUACCUACC